AUGUCAGACGCGCUAAACGCAGAACAGAUGAGCCCACGAACACGCCAGGUUCGGGCGAACCAGGGGCUGAGGCGGGGAACGUGGAGGUUACGCCUGGGAUCUGCAAGUCCCAGCCCGCCCCAAGACGAGGGUAUGGCACCCGCAUUAUCAGACCUGCAAACAGUCGUGUAUGUUCAUCAAGAAGCGCAGGCCUCGACCUCGAUUCCGAGUCGAGCGAGCGCGCCCGUGGAGCCCCGGCGACUGGCCGCACGAGCCUGCGAUGCCUGUCGCGCCCGCAGGAGGCGAUGCACUUUCCCCCUUGGCCCAGGGGAGGACGGCGGCGACGGCAGCACGAGGUGCAUAGGCUGUUCCAGGCUAGGAAUCGAAUGCAACUUUGCCAUUCCCACGCGCCCUCGUGGACCAAAGCGGAGGAGGUAUGAGGUUGACUCUCCGGCUGGACCGCCAAUGGACGGAACAUCAGCCCAUUAUCCACCACGAACCUCAGUGCACAGCGGUGCGAGUAGCGACAAGAUAGACACUGACGACGACGCUGGCGUCGUGCUGACGCCGGACCAUACAUCCACCUUCGGCCAGUCGAUAUCACCGGCGUCUUUGUCGACAUUCGCGUUCGCCACGGAUGAACUCUGCUCGAGGAAGCUUUUCAUGGUCAUCAUCCAUGACUAUAUCGAGCGCGUCUAUCCCCUCUGCCCCGUGGUCCACCUCCCUUCGUUCCGCCGCAGCCUUGCCAGCAAUCAAGAUCUGCGCAAGAAAGCCUUCUGGCUGCAGUUCUUUUCCUUCGCCCAUUCCAAGGUCCAGCCUGGCCGGCGCCGCUUCCACGUCACAUAUCUCGACAACUACGUCCUGCGCGACGUCGACUUCGCCGCCCUCGAGCCCCUCGACACGCCCGACGAGAACAUUACAGAAAACGCCGUCUGUCCGCCGCCCCCCGACGGCACCGCCCCCUUCACCUCCGUCACCGCCUUCAUCGUCAACACGCGCGUUUUCCUCGAAGCCCUGCGCGACUCCCUCUUCAACGCAGGCUGCGACUGCGGCUACGGCCGCACCAACGAGGAGAAGCUCGCACGCCUCAAGGCCCUCUUCCAGCGCUACAAAUACUCCCUCGACGCCCUGCCGUCGCACAUGACCCAAUGGGGCCCCAGCAGCAUCUAUGACAGCGGCCCCUCGACGCCCGCCGCGAACAGCGUCUCCCGCGCUCAGGCCGAGACAACGAGAGCCAACAUCCACAUCACCCACCUCUGGCUGCAGAGCUUCCUGCUCGACCAGACGGACGGCAUCGUGCAGGCCAUGGCCGCGGCCGCCGGCGGCGGCAGCGGCGGCGGCGACGACGAGACCUGGGCCGCCCAUCAGCUCGCGUCUAGCUGGGCAGAGCGCGAAGACAUUUGCCGCCAGCUCCUUCACGUCUUGCACAACAUUGACGGGUUCCAUCUUGAGCCGAAUGGUAACAGUCUUACCUACAAGAUUCGCGGCGUCGCGACGUCGCUGCUGAACUGUCCCUCUUUGCUCGGCGAGAGCGUGUCGCAGCGGGCUGCGGGCUAUGUGCGCGAGUUCACCAAGGUGUUGGCGUUUCUGGAUCUCAGCGAGAUUAUGAAUACUGAUGGCGUCGAUACCUGGAUCGAUAAGGAUAGGCUGGGCGAUGGACGGGCUUCGGCGACGGCGGCGUCGGUGUCGUAA